CGCUGCCCCUUUAAACAAACGUGACUUCUCCCGGGUCUCAUUCUCUUUGCAUCAGUAGACUUCAGUUUUUGCAUAAUGAAAGUCUGAGUGGCAUUGGAUGGGCGAGGAGACCAGAGCUGGGGAGAGCUGUGUAAUGCUAAGUAUGAGACAGAGAGAGAGGUAAGGAGAAAGAGAUAGAGGCAGGAAGAAAGGGAGAGCGGUAAGGACAGAAAGAGAGGUUAGGAAAGACAGGGUCAGGGUAUGUGAGUGAGAGAAAUAGAGAGUGGGGGAUAAGGAGACAGGUAGGUAGGGAGGGAGAGAGUGGUAAGGGGAGAGAGAUUGUGAGGGGAAGAGAAAGAGAAGUAGAAAGAGACAGUAUCGGGAUGUGUGUGAGAGAGGGCGAAUGACAGAGAAGAGGGAUAGGGAAGGAGAGUGUAGAGGCAGAGAUUGGAGCUAUAUAGAUUAAGAAGAGGAGAGGAAAGGAGGGAGACAGUGUUUAUUGCAGCAACUGACAGAGGACGUAACAUCGGGACUAAAUACCGAAACACUGAGAAAAGAGGCAACAAGAGACCCUGCCUAAGUAGAAGAGAGGACUAUGAUAAAGGGAGACCAGAAGCCCUUAAAAUAAGAAGGGAGAAAUAGGUAGGUGUGACUGGAGACAUAGCAUCUUCUGAAUGUAGCUUUAGGGUUAGAGAAAGAGAAAAAGGGUUUCAGGUCUGUACUUACCCAGCGAGACCCCAUUCUGCGACAUGAACUGAAAUGAUCCGGACAUGGAUAAACUUUGCUGAGAGGCGCAGAGAAUGGUCUCUAGAAUCCAUCACAUCUUAAUAAUCCAAAAGGGGGCUGUCAGGAUAGGUCUGUGCCACGUCUUUCCGGGAGCAUAACUCAGCACCCACAUCUCCAGAGUCAGAUUGGGCAAAAGCCAGCUCCAGAGGAUGAAGGUGCCCUCUGGUUGUACCUCUUAGCUUGGGAUAUCGCCUUUGGAUUGAUGGAAUUCUGCCUAGGUGGACUGAAUUGCGACCCAAUAGACCUCAUGCAACAGUUAUGAGGAGAGAGUGCUGUAGGUUUCUACAGAUAGAUGCCAGUGCUAAAAGAAGAUCACAAUGAAGGUGCAAAACUGAGUCAGAACCCCGAGUAAGGCACCUUAUCAGAGGAUUGGCACUGCUCCCCCCAUUAGGCUCAUGCUACAAGAUGACACAGGAACUAGGCACAACCUGUUAAGCAACAGUUUGGAACUUACAAUAAAGGUAUACUUAUAGGGAUUUACAAUAUGCUCCAGCAUCUAUUGCAGAAGGAAGCGGCGCACAUGUGAAACUUGGUCGCUCUGUAUAUGGGAGCGCGGAUCUCAGGAGCUGUCCGUUCAGCACCACACUGGGAACUCAGCAGAUGUCAGACACUGGCUAUGAGCUGUCCCUUCAGCACCACAGCCUCUGCCCCUGUACAGGUUGCGGGAUAUACUAAUGACAAUGAGCACAGGGAAACUUUAAAGUUACUGUCAGUGACUUGCAUGGGGGCAUUAAAAAGCAUUAUAUUUUAAAAUACAAUUUUCUUUUUUCCAAAACUUUCAGGCAAAGUUAUAAAGAGGUUGUAGGAAACGCAAGCUACCUUUAUCAAGGUUGUGAAACGCUGAGUCCAGACUUCCAGUCAUACUUUUUGGAGAGUCUUCAUGUCUUCCUACAUACAUUUGCACUGAAAAGUUCUAUCACUUUGCUGGAUUUAAAAACAAACACUUCCAGUACUUGCCUGACUUCUCCUAACAGGUUGUCACCUAAACCAGCUUCCUCUCUAGCUAGGGGUCCAACUACCAUGACCAAGUAUGAGGAUGUGUGACAGAGGUGUUCAGAUGCUAAUUACCACUGUGGGGGCCUUUGCUGCUUUCAGUCUGAUGACUAUUGCGGUGGGCACGGAUUACUGGCUGUAUUCUAGAGGGGUCUGCAAGGCUAAAUCCACCAAUGACAAUGAAACCAGCAAGAAGAACGAAGAGGUGAUGACUCACUCAGGAUUAUGGAGAACUUGCUGCCUUGAAGGAGCCUUCCGAGGAAUGUGCAAGAAAAUUGAUCAUUUUCCAGAGGACGCAGAUUACGAGCAGGACACUGCGGAGUAUUUACUGCGUGCUGUUCGAGCUUCCAGCAUCUUUCCCAUUCUCAGUGUGGGCCUUCUAUUCUUCGGGGGUCUCUGUGUUGCUGCCAGCGAGUUUUAUAAAAAUAAGCACAAUGUUAUUCUCAGUGCCGGCAUCUUCUUUGUCUCCGCCGGGCUGAGCAACAUCAUUGGAAUAAUUGUCUAUAUUUCUGCUAAUGCCGGUGAUCCCGGUCAGAGUGACUCCAAGAAGAGUAACUAUUCCUAUGGAUGGUCCUUUUAUUUUGGGGCUCUGUCAUUUAUUAUUGCAGAGAUGGUUGGAGUCCUAGCUGUGCACAUGUUCAUCGAAAAGCAUCGGCAAAUAAGAGCAAAGUCACACUCUGAUCUGUUCAAGAAGUCUGCCUUUUCUCGAAUACCGAGCUACCGGUAUCGCUUCCGACGGCGCUCCAGUUCCCGUUCUACAGAGCCACGCUCUAGGGACCCUUCUCCUGUUGGCAAAAGCUUCAACCCCAUUCCGACUAGCGACAUCUCCCUCUACACUUUAACUGCCCGUGACCCCACUAAGAUGACUGUUGGUUCCUUACUAAAUUCUGAAAGGGAACAUAACUUUCUCCAGGUUCACAACUCUAUCCCCAAAGACUAUAAGGAGUCCCUACACAACAAUCCUUCCAACAGGCGCACUACACCUGUCUGAGGGCUGUGAUUACAGGAAACAAGGCCUGAAGUAAUAGUAAUCAUGGAGAACAUCUCAAGUGGUCACACAUGGGCUUUUUUCCAUCACAUGUUUCAGUAAAACCACAAGCUACGAAGAGGCAGGAUUUAAAAAUAGCACACAACGUGUCACUUCCUGUUGGGAACUUUACUUCCUGUAUGGAACAUUACUUCCUGUAUGGAAUGUUACAAAGCCAGAAUCAAUGCAAGAAUUUGUACUGUUGUGUCCCUAACAAAAAUUACCUAUGGAAAGUUUGCAUAUGUUAUAUAAGUGCUUGUGUUUUAGGAAGAAAUAGGAAAAGUUUUAAGUAUCUAUAGGUCUCUUCUGAAGGUGCUGAAUACAUUUAUUAGGAAAUGUCCUUUUAAUGCAGGGGAAGAUUGCCCGUUAACUAAUUAGGUUUCAGAUGUUCAAUUUAACUAUCCUCAGUGUAAAGCAAUUGGAAAAUGCAAUGUAAAACAUACCUGUGUAUAAUGUAUGGCCCAUUUUUGCCAAAACACCCAAAUGGAUAGGUAUGCAUAAACAUAUUAGAGUGAUAUAGCACCAAACACUUCCAUUUAGUUUAUCCUGAUUUUCUGGAAAUAGCACUAUAAAAUAUCCUAAUUUUAUAGCCAAAUUGUGGAAAACAAAUUAGUGGAUAACACUACAUAAGGAUAGUAUAUAGUAUCUGUAAAGACUAUAUAUGCACCUUGCAGGUAAGCACAAUGAUCCAAUACUCUUAUAUGUUGCACAAUCAGCGCUAUCAAUAUUUCAUAAUUUAAUUUAUUUUCUCAAGCCGAAAAAAAAGACAAAAAUAAUAAGACAAACUGUGUGUGCUCAGAAUGUUAAUUCUAGAUGGGUUGCCAAGCAAGUCUGAGCAGGUUUUAAAGUGCUGUUUUGACAAGUGUGGAGGUGGUAACAAGUACACUGUAGAUCGUGAAGACUUUUUGAGGCCAAUCAGAGAACUCAAAACUUUUCUGUAAAAGUCUCCAGGAAGAAGUUUGCAUUGGAGAACUCGAUGACUAUCUAUCGCAGAUGUGUCUUCAAGACUUGGUCAGCGCUAUCAGAUGAUGGACUGUACUUCUUCUUUUGACAUCAGCUGCAAGUUUAAAAAAAUAAAAAGUUAUUGCAGUUAAACAAAUUUACAUGUAUACAAAUUAAAAGACAUUAUGCUACUUAGAAACAAAUUAGCAAAAUCAUUACUUUUUGACUUUUACCCAAUUACAAAUGAGUUUGGGGAAGAAAAAAACCCCAAACAUCCAUUUAAAAGCAACUGGUAAUUGCACACGAUGCUCAUCUGACAUUUACAAAGCAUAAAAGAUCUCCAGUGGACGGUGAACAAUAAUCUCUCUGAAGGAAUUCUUGGUUUACUUGUUCCUCAGUUAAGGUGUGGGCGCUCCAAGAUAACAUUCCAAUAUUUUUUGGGUUAUAUUACUAAUUAUAAUAAAUGAUAGCAAACAA